UCUCUAGACCGCUGUUGUUGCUGAAGAGAGUAUCGGGACAUUCCCGACUACGAUACCUGUCGAGGCAACUGCUACUGCUCAGGAGAGUAUCACAACAUCUCCGACUAUGGUGGUCGAUCCUUCUACUAAGGUUCUGACGCAAGGAGAAGCAGGACCAUCAGAGGGGGAGCUUAUAACAGCAACAUGUAAGAGGAUGGAGGAUAGCGACGAUGAUAUUAUCAUAAGUGAGAGGGCUAGGACUGAGGAGGAGGCAGAGUUUAUGUACUCUAUCACACCAGAAGCAUGGAAGGCAACUCUAAAAACUCCUACAUUCGAGAGGUCAAAAUACCACCCAUUCGACUCAUCAGUGUAUGUUUUGCCAAAAACUCUGUCCACGAAACUCGACGUUACGGCUCUGCAAGUGGUUGAGUUCAUCUUCAGUAUCACAGCUAAAGACAAGUAAGUUGUCAUGUUUCCUUAUUUAAUCGCCAAUUUCAAUCAGUCCAAUUCAUGGCUACUAACCUGGUUUUCAUUUGUGUUUUACAGUGACAACUUUAUCGUGGA